UUGGGUUACUAGAGGAACUCGUGCAAUUUUCCUUGACUUAACUGUCUAUAAUGCAAAUAUUGAUGCAUUCUUAACUAUGAAGCUUGUUUUUGAGAUACCACCAACAGGAGGAAUCAUUACAUCCUCCUUCUACAGUAUAGUGAAGCUCCAUCAUUAUGUGACCAAAUUUGACUCCAUGGUCGCAUUCUUUGAAUGCACGUUCAUAGCAUUCAUAUUUUUCUACACCAUAGCAGAGACAGUGAAAAUUGUGGUCUUAAAGCGCAAAUACCGACACUCAAUAUGGAAUUUCUUUGAUCUGGCCAUUCUUGUGUUGGCCUAUGUUGUUAUAUGCUUCAGAAUCUAUAGCUAUGUGGCUAUUGAACCACAAAUAGUUCAGCUUAUUGCUGAGGAGAAGUCUGCAAACUUUGACUCCGUUGUUUCCUAUCAACUCAUGUACAACAAUGUAAUUGCUUUUCUGGCAGCUCUAACAUGGUUAAAAAUUUUCAAAUACACCCGUUUCAACAAAACCAUGUCCCAAUUCAGCAUGACGUUUGCCAAGUGCUACAAGCAGAUUGUUGCAUUUUCAAUUAUGUUCUUCAUUGUUUUUGCCACAUUCGCUCAGCUGGGAUACCUACUGUUUGGAAAACAGGUUGAAGAUUUCCGAGCACUUCUGACAACUGUCUCAACACUUGCAAGAGCUACUAUUGGAGAUUUUGACUUAAACGCAGUUGAAGUAGACCAUCCCAUUCUUGCACGAUUAUUUUACAUUUCAUAUCUCUUCGUGGUAUUCUUUAUAAUGAUGAACAUGUUCCUGGCAAUCGUUACCGAUGCAUAUGCAUUCGUGAGAUGUGAAGAAGCAAUGAAGGAUUCAUUUAAAAAGUCACACUUUAAGAAUGAUUUGGAAAAAUUGAUGUCAAAACUUGGA